AUGGGUUCAUCGUCGGAGGAGUGUGGUGACUUGUCUAGCCCGCUUUCGCUGCGCCCGUCAAGAAAGGGGAGCAGACCUGCGAGGCCUCCAAGCCCCCCGUCAGCAUGCGAAGAAAGCGUUCAUUAUCCGAUCUUCAAUCCAGAAGACCCGCGGCACAAUCCGGCACUCGAGAGCAGCCUUGGCCUGGAAGAUGCCGACAGCCUUCCCCAAGCGCCCUUCCCCGCUGGCUCGAUGCGCUGGAUGCAGGGUCUUCCCGGAAGGUCUCUCCGCAGAGCUCGCUCUGGACUUCACGCCUUAAGAUCCGGGUUACAAAGACGGCCUGCGCGGAGUGCUGACGGGGAUCAUGUCAGCGGUGAACUGUGGUCUUCGUCCAACUCUGCCGAGGGCUCUUCUAGUCCGAACGAGAAUCUCUUCUCAUCAACUGUCUCUGAGGCUAGCACCGAAGAAGACUAUGAGUUUGGAACUAACCUUUAUCGAACGGGUUGCCACCAUCCUUAUCCCAAGGAUGAGUAUAGAGAAGACAUUACUCCUCCGGCUUACAUUGCGCCCUAUAUCCCUGCUACUUCAGCAAAGUUGAGCACGGUAGCUGAACUCCCUCUCGUUUUCCCGGUGAUAGUGACAGAUACUUCUUCUGAUGAGGGCGUGUCUACGGUUCCUACGCCUGCCGAUGCGCCUUCUACUAUUUUGAAUGGAUCUUCGGCUUCUGACGACGACUUUCAACAUGGCGUAAAGGAAUCGGGUGUACUUGAUCUCCCCAUACCGACCACGACCCGAACGGCGAACCAUUUGGAUGUGGCUGCGUCGGAUAUGGCCGAGUCAGACGUGGCCGAAGACAAUGCUUCAGUCAAAACGGAAAUGAGUGACUCCUCUCGCAGAUCAUCUCCAAGCGCAUUACCACAAUCUCUAAUCGAACAAAUACCAUGUGGCGGGACUGAGAUUACUGUAACGACAAAAGAAAUUGAGAACCAUGGGGCUGAACCUGUCGAAAAUGGCACUGAACGUGCUCCAGAGAUUGAACUCGGAGACCUGGGGGGUAACGACUAUUACCUAUCGCUGAACGCAUUGGACAAUAGUGAGGCACAUGAGAACAACACUAGCGAGGACCAAAGUCCUAAUAGCCCCAGUGAGGAUGGCAGAUACGUGUUGUUAAGCCCUUGGCUGCCGGUUGAUAAGAGCGACCGUAGGUCUUUGCUCCGUGAUGAGUAUUUCGUUGACGGCAAACCAUCCGAUCGCCGACCAGACGGCGGUAGCAACGCAGUUAAAGCAGAACCGGAGCUCACUGGCGACGGCCGGCUAUAUAUCGACCGGGGUCUCGACCGAAAUCGAUCAUUACGCCAUGAGGUUCCGGAACUCAUUGGGCCAAGGGGUCCGAUAGGAUUCCCCGGGCCACAAGGAGUACGAAGAGACCGGAGAAGUGAAUCAAGUGAGGAAGAAUAUCUCGUGACUUAUGGUCUAUUGCAUCGACAUUAUUUUUCAUGA